AGAAUUUGCAGGUAAAAAUGUCGUCGCUGUACCGCUUGCUUUGUGCUGUUUUGCUAAUGGUAUUUCUCACAACUACAGUAUCCUCGUCAGCGAUGUUUGAUGGUGAGGUUGAAUCUCCAGCUACAUUUGGCUACAUAUUCAAGAAAAGAGAUGUUCCCGCGGCUCUACCGUACGAAUUGCCUGAGCAUCUACUCAAGGCCAUGCUGAAAUAUCGAAGAUAUUAAGCGCUGUUCGUCCCUACGAGUCAUAUUUUGAUAUUGAAUAAAACAACAAACAUCUGUUACCAUGAGGCUAGUGCUGCAGUCCUUUUUGAAGGGUGUAUACUGUUUUUUGUUCGCCGAGUAUCACACAGAUUUUCAUGAUUCUUAUGCAGUCUACGGUUUAUUAGUUCAAAGUUGAAGUAGGCGGUCUGCCGAAAAAUUCUUAUUCCAAAUAGCGACUAAGUAGAGAACACGCUAUAAAGGGGACCUACUAUAAGCUGUAUAGCAAGAGGUGUUAGAUCGUGUACGUAACUGAAGCGGUUGCUAACCUGAUUGUGAUUGUAAGAUAGUUUGAAUCUUUCAUCCAGAUAAACCAUGUUUGAGUGUAAUUAUGCCUCUUUAACCAUGAUGUAAAAUCUUGAC